CAUACCAUCCCCUUGUCUUUAUUUCCUUUUUUUUUUCUUUAAUUUCCUUCGUGCUUGUCUUAAACACCAAGAAAAGCCCCUCACCGCAACGGCGAAAUCAUGUCGGACUCCGACGACGAUUCCGGCGGAGAAGAAUACCUUUUCAAAAUAGUCAUAAUCGGAGACUCCGCAGUCGGCAAAUCCAACCUCUUAUCCCGCUACGCUCGUAACGAGUUCAACCCACAUUCAAAAGCCACCAUCGGCGUGGAGUUCCAGACGCAAAGCAUGGGAAUUGAUGGUAAAGAAGUCAAAGCUCAGAUUUGGGACACCGCCGGCCAAGAAAGGUUCCGUGCCGUCACUUCAGCUUAUUACAGAGGUGCCGUCGGUGCUCUUAUUGUUUAUGAUAUUAGCCGUAGAACUACCUUCGAUAGUGUCGGCCGUUGGCUUGAUGAACUCAAAAUGCAUUCUGAUACGACGGUAGCAAGGAUGUUGGUAGGCAACAAAUGCGACCUUGAAACUAUUCGAGACGUGAGUGUUGAAGAAGGCAAAGCCCUAGCCGAAGAACAUGAUUUGUUCUUCAUGGAGACAUCUGCUUUAGACUCGACGAACGUCAAGAAAGCGUUCGAGCUUGUUAUACGAGAGAUUUACAACAACGUCAGCCGGAAAGUACUAAACUCGGAUACUUAUAAAGCCGAAUUAACCGUCAAUCGGGUAAGCCUUACUAAAACCGAAACCGAUGCUUCGAAGCAAACCCAAAAUUUCUCUUGCUGCUCUAGGUGAGGUAUCAUUUAUUCUGAAAAGUGUACAAUGUCGUCGAGACCUUCCCAUGGUUAUUCAAUUCAUUUCGAUCGUUUGUUUUUGUGUUUUCUCGAAGGAUACGUGUUUCGGGAUUCUUUAUUACCGAACAAUAUCGUUUUAUAUGGUUAAAUUAUUGUCUUCGGGUCAAAGAAACUUGGAGGCAGCCAUGUUUUUUUUUUUUUUUACACAUUGUAUUAUUGUAUGUUGAGAACUUGAUAUCUUGGAAUCAUAUUCAUUAUUUUUCUAUGGCAUUUGAUAUUUGAUUAA